GAAGAAAGAGGAGAGCAGUGGAUUGUUCGCUUUUGGAAGGGAUUCAGAUUGAAGGGGACCGGAGGCCCGGGAGGGAAAGAUAACCCAGAUCCCAGUGUCCCCUGACGAGCCUCUGGUUAAAAUGCAACUAGGGGACAGAGAUGAAUUGGUAGAUUUUCUCGUAGAUACAGGGGCUGCCCAUUCUGUUUUAACUCAAAAACUGAAACCUUUAAGUAAAAAGACUGUGCCGGUGGUAGGGGUUACAGGGAAGGCAGUAACACGAUCCUUCCUACAGCCAAUGACCUGUAAUAUUGGGCAGGCCGAAGUUACCCAUCAAUUCUUGUACAUGCCAGACUGCCCCGUUCCCCUUUUAGGGAGAGACCUCCUCUGUAAACUGCAAGCUACGUUGUCGUUCCAGGAUGGGCAAAUGUUUUUAACAGUGCCUCCUGAAAAGGGGUGGCAUUUACAGGCUUGCCUUCUCGGCCUUCUCCAAGAGGAGAGUACACCGGAUAUUCCUCAACCCCUGCUCGAUGCUGUUGUUCCAUGGGUAUGGGCAGGUCACCGACCUGGGAAGGCUAAAAAUGCUGACCCUGUGAAGAUUCAACUUUUGCCAGGGGCCCAGCCUCCAUGUGUGAAACAAUAUCCAAUGCGGAUGGAAGCCAGGAAAGGACUGAAGCCGUUAGUUGAACGGUUGCUGGAGUAUGGCCUUCUCCGUGAAUGUACAUCAGCUUUUAACACACCCAUCUUGCCUGUGAAGAAGCCUAAGAGUAAUGAAUAUCGUUUCGUCCAAGACUUGAGAGCUGUAAAUAAAGUGGUUGUGAGUAUAUACCCGGCCGUGCCUAAUCCGUACACCUUGCUGUCUGCUUUGAACCCAGAUCAUAACUGGUUUACAGUUAUUGAUUUAAAAGAUGCUUUCUUCUGUAUACCGGUAGAGAAGGGAUCUCGGGAAAUAUUUGCAUUUGAAUGGGAAGACCCAGAUACUAGCAUUAAGACUCAGUUGUGCUGGACUGUUUUACCCCAAGGAUUUAAAAACAGCCCAACCUUAUUUGGCAAUGCAUUAAGCAAGGAUUUACACAGGCUAGAAUUGCCACUGUCCUGUGCUCUUUUGCAAUAUGUAGAUGACUUGCUUUUAACAGCCACCACUGAAGCAAGCUGCCUGGAAGGAACAAUUUGCCUCCUUAAUUUUCUGGGUCAACAAGGGUAUCACAUUUCCAGGAAAAAGAUGCAGCCCAUAUCCCAGAGGGUCACAUAUUUGGGAUUUGAAUUACAGCCUGGUCAGAGAGCCCUGUUGCCUGAAAGAAAAGAAGCUAUAUGCCGGCUGGCACCCCCAAUAACAAAGAAACAACUACGAGGAUUUUUAGGUACAGUAGGUUUUUGCAGGAUUUGGAUUCCAAAUUUUGGGGUUAUUGCAAAACCUCUAUAUGAGGCAACACACGGAGAUGAAAAGGUACUCGAAUGGACUGAAGAGUGUGAGCAAGCAUUCUGCCAGUUAAAGCAGGCUCUCAUUGAAGCACCCGCCUUAGGACUACCGGACAUGAGUAAGCCUUUUUCCCUUUUUGUGCAUGACCGAGGUGGGGUAGCCGUGGGAGUCUUAACACAGAAAUUGGGUAGCUGGCAACGACCAGUGGCAUAUUUUUCAAAAAAAUUAGACUUUGUGUCAUGUGGAUGGCCUGCUUGUCUCCGGGCUGUUGCUGCUACCUGUCUGCUAAUACAAGAAGCUGAAAAAUUAACCCUAGGCCAUGAAAUGAUUGUAUAUAUUCCUCAUGCGGUACUUACAGUCUUGGAACAGAAAGGAGGGAACUGGUUAACUCCGGGACGAAUGGCUCGAUAUCAGGCCAUCCUCCUAGAUAAGCCUGAAAUAAAAUUAGCCAUUUCUCGCAAUGUAAAUCCAGCAACACUGUUGCCAUCUAUGGGUGACACACCAGAUCUUGUGCAUGACUGUUUGCAAACAUUGGAAACUGUUUAUUCUUCAAGACCAAAUUUGAGAGACAGACCUCUUGAAAAAGCUGACCUGGAGUUUUACACUGAUGGCAGCUCGAGUAUAGAGAAUGGAAUUCGAAAAUCCGGAUACGCUAUCGUGACUACACAGAAUGUGAUAGAAGCAGGACCUUUAAACCCAUCUGUUUCAGCUCAAAAGGCUGAACUCAUUGCUAUGACUCGGGCUUUGCAAUUGGCGGCCAACAAAACUGUCAAUAUUUAUUCUGACUCUAAAUAUGUUUUCCUUGUUUUACAUGCUCACGGAGCGCUAUGGAAAGAGCGAGGUCUACUUGAUUCAAAAGGAACAGGCAUUAAGCAUAGCAAGCAGAUAAAAGCCCUCCUUAAGGCAGUCUGGGAACCAAAAGAAGUAGCGAUAAUGCACUGCAAAGCUCAUCAAAAGAAAAAUGAUGAUUCAUCCACAAAAGGUAAUCGAUUUGCUGACGCUACAGCAAAGAAAGCAGCUAAAAAACCUCAGACAGACUUGCUGCCCGAAGUAAGUAAUCUGUUACCUCUCCUCCCAGACUUAUACCAGCCUGUGACACCACAGUAUGGGGAAAGAGACAAACAAUUGAUAAGAGAGUUUCAAGCAAAGAAGGGGGAGCACGGAUGGCUAGUAGCAAAGGAUGGCCGCAUUAUCAUCCCAGCUGCCUGGGUUCAUGUGGUAGUGAAGAGAGCUCAUCAUGGCACCCACUAUGGACCCAGGGCCCUGAUAAGGUGGAUCAGUCACUAUGUAACUGGAGUGGGAUUAAGAGAGGCUGCCAAGAAGGUAUCAGAGACAUGUGAGGUCUGCCAGAGAAAUAACCCAAAAGGAGGGAGAAAAGAAACUUCAGGACAUCAGAGAUUAGGCAAUGGGCCAGGAGAAGAAUGGCAGGUGGAUUUUACUGAGUUACCCCGGCAACAGGGGAUGAGAUAUCUCCUUGUCUUUGUGGACACUUUCUCUAAUUGGGUUGAGUGCUUCCCAUGUCGGACUGCCCAAGCCCGAGAGGUGGUCAAGGCACUCCUACGGGAAAUUAUACCUCGCUUCGGACUUCCAAAAGGAAUAGGGUCAGACAAUGGCCCACAUUUCAUUGCACAAAUUACUCAAAAGGUUUCUGAGUUCCUGGGAAUCAGCUGGCAUUUACACACCCCUUGGAGACCCCAGUCCAGUGGAAAAGUGGAACGUAUGAAUCAGACCUUAAAAAGACACCUUGCAAAGAUUUGCCAAGAAGCUCGAUUCAAAUGGCCAGAGGCCCUACCCUUGGCCCUGUUGCGAGUAAGGGUCGCACCACAUUCUAAAUUGGGAUUAAGCCCAUUUGAAAUAAUGUAUGGUAAGCCUUACCCUCUGAGUCUGCCCAUGAGUACUGAACAACAGUUACAUGUUUUAGGAGAGGGAAUGAUUAGAGAAUAUGUAUGGUCUUUGGUUUCUGUUUUGUCUUCCAUUCAUCAGCAGGUACGGGACGUGCUGCAGACACAGGACCAGUCUCCUACCCCGGAAAAUCGAUUAUUACCUGGAAGUUACGCUCUUGUGAAAGAUUGGAACAAGGAACCACUUCGAGCCAGAUGGAAGGGCCCGUAUAGAGUACUUUUAACGACCCCAACGGCAGCAAAGCUCGAAGGAAUCAAGACUUGGAUACAUUCCAGUCGCCUAAAGCCGGUGGCUGAACCAGAACAAGAAGAAACUCCUGCAAACUCCGGGACCGGAGGCAGAGAACAGUGGAAGGUGGAGCCAAUAAGGGACUUAAAAUUCCUAUUCAAAAGAAAGGAACUUUGAAUAAUUUGUCAAUCUUUGAUCAAGUUUUACAAGCCUUAUUAUGAAAUUGUUCAAGGUUUUAGUGUGGGGCACCCUAAUUUGUCCACUCCUACUUAUAGGAGGGGAAAAUCUUUUACCACAAGAAUUUGACCCUCAGGAAAAUGUCUGGAUUUAUCUGGCCCAGGAAAUAUUAAAUAGAACAGACUUCUGCUUGGCAGGAGGGAUCAAUGCUCAUCUGGUUUUUACCUCAUGCUUAAUUGCAGUACCUACCCCUUUGAAAAUUUUACAGAAUUAUACUAUGCUGAAAGAUGUAAAGAAGGAAAAUACAUAUCAGGAUAUAUAAGUGGGGGACUAUUGUAAAAGAGAAAAGCAGAGACAUGUUUUCUGUACGGGUUCAGGCAACAGCUAAUGCUUCUGAAUGUUUCUUAAUAGUGAAUUGUACCAGUAAUUGCUUUAAAUUGAACCAAGGUAGAAAAAUCUUCUGUAAUAAGACCAGUCAAAUAUCCUAUGUAUACACACAUACCAUCCUUCCUCGAGGAUGGUUUCUGGCCUGCAGGAGAAUGAUAUAUUCAUACCUUCCAGCAAAUGCUACUGGGGGACCAUGCACCAUUGCCCGGGUAACUGCAGCUCUUCCAAGGAAGUCUGACCUAAUGCACACUGAACAAACCCCUCUUGGUGGGAGGUUUAAACGAGCACACACUACUCUCACUGCUGAUUGUGAUGAGAAUGAUUCCCCCGGACUAUUGUCUAAGGCUGACUACGUAGCAUUAGCUGCAUCUAUGGUGGGGGUUCCGGGUCUUGCUGUAAGUAAUAGCAGAAAUCUUAAUGCAGUAGCCUGUGUUUUAGCAAAAGGACUAAAUGCUACAUCUCGAGCGCUCUCAGCCUUGAAUUCUGAACAAAAACAACUAAGGGACGCUGUCUUAGAGAAUAGAGCAGCUAUUGAUUAUCUCUUGUUACGACACAAUCUGGGGUGUGAAACCUUAAAAGGAAUGUGCUGCUUCAACCUCACUGAUAAUUCUGUGCUAAUUGAAGACAAAAUUGGUGCCUUACAACGAUUGACACAGACAUUGAAAGAAACAUCUGGCUUAGACUUUUCCUGGUUAACUUCCUGGCUUCCCAAUUUUGGAUGGUUGAAGCAGUUGUUUUGUAUGGUUAUUCUGUUUUGCUUUAUAGGGAUUAUGAUCUGUUUCUGUAUCCAUUGUAUACCGGUUUGUAUCGCAUCUAUCUUCAGGCCUAAGGUAAAUCAAAUGAUUUUGCAAAAAAAAGAAAGCUGAGAAUACUAGAUUUGUGUUAAGUCAAAUUGAAUGGAGCAAUCAUAAUUAAUAAUAAUUAUAAAUGCUCCAGAUGAGGGAAAUGUAAGGUUUGACCUAGAAACUACUAUGCAAAGCCUAAGCAAAAGUGAAUGUUGUGUGUCAAAUGCCCAUCUGCAAUGAUAAGGGGCAGACAGUCUUAGAUAGAGGAAGCUUGAAAACAAAAAACAGAAUCAGAGGUACUGGAGCAAAGAGCUCAUUAAAAUACUAAAAAUCACACCCCGAGGCGGGGAAGAUAUAUGCUAAUGGAACAUAUAUGUACGUUAAUGAGAUACAUAGCUAAAACACAGGUAUAGAGACAUGCUCAGUAAAGAACUCCUUGCGUCACUCCUUUAUAACCAAUUAGCAAACAAGGAUGCUUAUGAAGAUUCAACCUCUGGUAUAUAAGGGGCUCAGUAUUGAAUGUGCGUGUGCUUGUCUUGGGAGAUUAUUCCGCUUGCACCUUUUAUUGCUAGCAAUAAAUCAUUUUUAUACUUUCA